UGUGUGUGUGUGAUAUAAGAAAGAAAGGAGAAAAGGAAUGAAAAUAAAAGAAUUGAAAGGAAAGUCAUUUGAUUACUGUACAGGUGACUCGGAACCAGCCCCCAUUCAUCAUCAUCCCCAAUCACCAAUCAUCAACCAUCAAUCAUCCCCCCGUUUCUUCGCUUCCUUCCAUCCUGCUUCCUUUUCUUCUCCUCUGACUCCGCUUGUCAGGACCUGGAGUAGGAACUGCUUUGUUUCUCCGCUCCUCCUUCCCUCUGUCGGCUCUCGUCUCGACUUCAGGCCCGAGGGCCUUUUCGAUCUCAAGUAUAUACCCUGCGACAUCCUUCCCCCGAUCUUUCCCGCACCCGUUGGGGGGAAAAAAACAGUGAACGCGCGCGCGCUUUAUUGAUCGCAUCCAAGCGCACACAAAGAAGAUUAUUUGAAAGCCGUCCGGGUAUCUACAGGCCUUCCCCGUUCGAUGGUUCACUCAGAACCUGCCCAACCGACCGAGAGGUCUGGAUCCGCGGCCAACCCACCUGAGUUACACGGAGCUAGCACGACGACAGGCUCAACAUCUUACAAUGAAACUCGAUCAAUUCCCUUUGUGAUCCCCGGCGAUGAAACCCUUGCGUCCUCCCCCCUACCCACCGCUCCGUGCUCCGAAGAUUUGAUGCGCGAUGCGCCGCACAAAGCACACUCGGGUCAUUCCCAGCCUCUGCCAUCACUGCAGAUACGCACCGAUCUACUAGACUCUAUUCAAAUGAGUCCUCCCAGGGAUUCGGAUUCUUUCAUCCAUCAUAGCAUCUCCUCCAACAGUCUUCCGCAUCGCACUCCCAGCCUGCGGGGACUGAUGGUGGGAACAGGUUAUAAUAUCACACCUCUCCCGUCCCCGAUCGGCGGUGGCGCAUCAUCGUGGAGACUCCCUCGCCGCAAUUCGCAGUCGCUGUCUCGCACAUCUUCGAUAGCCUCGAGGAACGGGUCGAGUCUCAGUUUGCGCCUCGCCGAAGUCGCACCGCAACCAUCUGCUUCCACGGAAUCUCGGUCCCGUGGCAAGCCAUACGGGAUCAUAGACCGGCAAAACAGCGACAAGCUCCUAGAAACCCCUAGCAAACCCCCUCCGGAGAACGCUCGCAAACAUGCGCGCAACCGCAGUCUAAGCGAAUAUGUCCCCCCCGGGAGAAGCAUUCCGGUCAAACCUCGCCCCGUGGCUGUCUCUGGAACGGGCAUCCCCCAGGGAAUCUUGUCGUCCUCGAGCACCGACUCCAAGUCCAACAACUUGCACCGAGAGCAAUAUUUGGCUGUUCACCGAGGGAUCGCUUUGCCCUCCGUGCGGCCCCCGUCGCCUCCGCGAAGUAGUGGAUUUGAUGAAGGCAACCAUGAACCGGUCAUCACACAUCCCUCAGGCGCACAGGGUGCAGACGAAGUCUAUUCCGUGCGCUCGAUCCGCACCCAACAACCUCGAAGAUAUCGCAAACUACGACAACUGGGACAAGGAACCUUUAGUCAGGUUUCUUUGGCUGUGCGUAUGGAGAAUAACGGGACCAGGGAGAAGACUCCCGAAAAUGGUCAACAUGAAAUGGUUCCAGCCACUCAGAAACUCGUUGCGAUCAAAAUUAUCGAUCACGGCCCUGCGGGGGGCGCCGACGAGGAGCGACUGGAGGUUUCGCUCAAACGAGAGGUGGAAAUUCUCAAAUCAUUGAACCACCCCUCUCUUGUCCAACUCAAGGCUUUUGGUAGUGAUGAGAAGCGUGCGCUUUUGGUCUUGGAUUAUUGCCCUGGUGGAGACCUCUUUGAUGUGAUUUCGAACAAUCCCAAACCGAUGGCCCCAGGACUUAUCCGGCGCAUUUUUGCCGAAUUGGUGGCUGCGGUGCGGUAUCUUCACGAACAUUACGUUGUCCAUCGUGACAUCAAACUUGAAAAUGCCCUUGUCAACCUUCCCAUCGAUGCACUCCAAAAGAUCACUGACUGGCGCACUUACGACCGGGCUAUCGUAACUUUGAGCGAUUUGGGUCUAUCCAGGCGGAUCCCAGAACCACCAGACAGCCCUCUUCUGCAUACGCGAUGCGGAAGUGAAGAUUAUGCGGCCCCAGAAAUCUUAAUGGGACAGCCCUACGAUGGCCGCUCGACCGAUAGCUGGGCGCUGGGCGUCUUACUCUACGCGAUGAUGGAAAAUCGACUUCCCUUUGAUGCUCUUCCCGGAACUCGAGGUGACCCGGCCAAACUCCGAGCCAGAACCCCCCAUCGCAUUGCACGCUGUGAGUGGUCUUGGUAUCGGUUUGCCGAUAACGAUGGGGAAUGGGACCGCGAGAAGGGCCGGGACCUGGAAGGCGCUCGGGAAUGCGUGGAGGGACUGUUGAAACGCAGCACGAAACGCAAAAAUCUCGAUGAAAUUGCGUCUUCCGAGUGGGUUAGGAUGGCGAUUGAUGUGCCCAGUGGGUUGAGUCGAGGGGAUAAGGAAGUUCCUUAGAGCUGGUCUCUGGUGUAUUUCUUUCUUUCUUUCUUUCUUUCUCUCCAUCCUCGGUUGUUACGAUAUCAGUUGACUACUGGAAUUGGUGCUGGAGAGGACCAGCACCGCGAGGAUCCUUUUUUUCGUUCGAAUAUCUUGGUUAGAGAUUUGAUGUUAUACCCUUAGAACCCAGCCAAUAUCUUACUGGCCCACCCCGCUUAUGUUUACUUAUUGAUUCAUGUUUACCUGCUAUGAAACUCUUGCUCAUGAUGAAAA